UUUCGCCUAAGUGGAAUCGUCAGUCUCUUGUUCAAAUAUAAUUCAGUAUACUAUAGAUCUAAUCCUACAGUGCUACGAAAACGUAACAAAAAAAAAUCGAGGCCAAUAAUGUUGGAACAAAUACGGAGAAAGCAUACGAAAGCACGAAGUAUACGAAGAAAGCAUUUAGCGACGCCUGCUAUAUAAGAUCGGGCUAUACACUUGCAGGUAUAGUAUCUUCUGUAGUUUUACAGAGGUCAUCAUGAAGACAUUACUUUUGCUCGCCGGACUUGCCGUUUUCCUGGUUGCCGUUGAGGCAUUUGUGCAAGUUCCAAGUUUCUCGCCAUGUCACUCGAACCCUUGCCGUCCCUACGAAAAUUGCGUUGUCCGAAGUUGGCUUCACUAUGAGUGUAUUAACAUUAACCCAUGCAACUCUAGCACAUGUGCAGCUAAUGCAACAUGUCGCGACGCACGCUAUGCACCUGUCUGUACUUGUAAUACUGGUUACACCGGGAACCCACGAACUGAAUGCACAGACAUAAACGAAUGUUCGACACCAAACGCUUGUGGUGCUAACAGCAACAAACAAUGUGUGAACACAGUUGGAAGCUUCAGAUGUGAGUGUAUGCCCGGGUACAGAGCAACCGGGUACCACCCAUGGCGGCACAACAUUUUCGGAUACAGAUGUGUUGACAUAAACGAAUGCUUGAGACCAAACAUCUGUGGCACCAAUAAGAAUUGCGUUAAUUCACCAGGAAGUUACCGAUGUGUAUGCAAGAGGGGAUACAGACAAGUCGGAACAAGAUGUAUUGACAUAAACGAAUGUUCGGAACCAAACACUUGUGGUACUUACACCAACAAACGAUGUGUGAACACAGUUGGAAGCUUCAGAUGUGAGUGUAUGCCUGGGUACCGCAGAGCAGUCGGGUACCACCCAUGGCGGUACAACUUGAUCGGAUACAGAUGCGUUGACAUAAACGAAUGCUUGAGAACAAACAUCUGUGGCACCAAUAAGAAAUGCGUUAAUUCACCAGGAAGUUACCGAUGUGUAUGCAAGAGGGGAUACAGACAAGUCGGAACAAGAUGUAUUGACAUAAACGAAUGCUUGAGACCAAACAUCUGUGGAACCAAUAGACGAUGCAUUAAUACACCAGGAAGUUAUGUAUGUGCAUGCAGUUGGAGACCAGUUGUGUAUGCAGGAAGACCUCAGAGACUACAAAGAAGAUGUUAUGUUUAAUAAAGAAACGCGACAGAUCGGAUUGCUGAUGUGAUUCGUAUAUAGUUGUAACAUUUGUAUUCCAAAUAAAAUAUAACCAUGCAUACAC